CUAAAUUCUAGCAUUAGAGGAUACCGAUAUGAGGCUGAGGAAAUCAAAGUUCUAGCUUAUGCAGACGACAUCGCCUUCUUUUGCAUCGAUAAACCUAGUGUUCAAGAAGCAGUAAACACUACUUUACGCUUCUGUGAAAUCGCUGGAGCCAGCAUAAAUUUCGAUGAAAGCAGAGGAUUCUGGCUGGGAAUGUGGGCUCAAACUCCCUCAGUGUUCUCAAAUAUCCAUUGGAAUGCGAAUGCUAUGCGGUAUCUUGGUGUGCCUCUUGAUAACUAUCGUAACAGCGGCCCACAUUGGACGUCCGCGAUAACUAAUAUCCGUCGAAAGGUGUCAACAUGGCACGGACGAGGCCUUUCCAUUUUUUCAAGAGCUAAAGCGUGCAAUAUAUUUCUUGCAUCAAAGCUUGUCUAUGUUUUGCAGGUAUUGCACUGCUCUCGUGUGCACAUUCAAGCAUUUCACAGGAUAUUUGCUUGUUUUAUUUGGGGCUCUUCAUGGGAACCCAUGAGAAGAGACAACCUUUUUCUUCCACUUGAGAAGGGCGGCCUCAGUCUGGUGCAUUUGUUUGUGCGACAGUUGGUGUUGCGAUUUUUUUAUCUUAAAGACGUCUGUCACCCAUUUCUUUUGGCAGUUCUUCGAAACCGUCUGAGUUACCAUCUUCCUUUUCUUUAUGUCACGACAAAUGUUGCCAAGGAAUCGCAGUUGUCUGGAUUCCUAAAAGAAAUUGUUGAUACUGUCAACUUUUUGAAAACCAGAUUUGCAUUAGAGUAUUUAUAUAAUAUAGACAGAACAACGCUAACAGCUGCACUUGUGAAUAACCUUUUCCCAGAACCUGUAUACCGACUGCCAUAUCUGCUUUUGCCUGGCCAUGAUGUAUUAUGCCGUGUACGUAGAAUGUGCAUAUCGCCAGCAGCGAAAACGUUUUUCUUUAAACUGCACACAUCCACUCUACCAGUGAAGAAAUGGCUCAAUGAAAAAGCAAUAUAUGUGCCCUGGACUGUAAAUUGUCGACUCUGUAACCAACCUGAGACGAUAGAGCAUUGUUUUAUCCAUUGUCGUGACGCAUAUUAUUUCUGGGACAUUCUAAAGAGAACAAUCAGAAAAGACCUUCCAAUCACAGCUCAUGGUAUUCGGUUCCUCCCUUUCAAAAAGAGCCCCACCAAUAAUACACCGUAUGAUUUAUUUAUGUUAUUAGGACUUUAUGCGCUAUGGAAAAGUCGCAUGAUCGACAGGCACGCCGAGCCACCACGAUCGACGAGGUCUGUCUUCCGAGAAGAAGCUGCGCAAGUGCGCAGUGUUGUUGAGACUUUUGAGCCCGUUCCGGAGUGGCUUGCACUUCUGGACGCUUGCGUGUGUUUGCCUGACUUUUGA